AGAACUACUGUUAAUCCUUUGGAGUAAUGAAUAACACUUGCAACGAAAUGGCAUGUUAAUGUUUGCGUCAUGUAUUUGGACUGAUCGUAAUGGUACGAUGGACAAUUAACACAUAGUCACGUUGGUGUAUGUAAAUUAAUGAUCACAAUGAACCAACUCAGACUAUGAUCUUAUUAUAUUAUCUUAUUGUUUGAUAUAUAGUUUAAAGACUUCAUAUUUCAUAAAGUAAAAAUUUAACAAAAUGAAAAUGUUAUUCAAGCACCAACGGAAUUAUUUAAUGUAGCCAAUUCAUCACAUUUCAAAGUAAACCGCGAUCCUUUUUUAUGACAUAUGGAAAUUACAUAUUCACUAUAUUCUUAAUAUGUGUCCAUGUAAGCAGUUGUUUCAACAAUUGUUUUUAACUUAUUAUACUUGAAACGGAAUAAAAACGGAUAUAUCAGUUUGGAAACACAACAAAAAAGGAUUUUAAGGUGACAGAAGGUAUGAAGCAGAAAAUGGACAGUUCCCUGGUGAAUGAAACAUCUUAUCUAAUUGUAGACAAGGAACUUAGAGAUAAUGGAGUUCACCGAAAUCCAUCCAGAGAAAGGAAACUGUUUCUUUUGGUAUCAUGUAUAAUACAACAACUCAUUUUUGCCGGCAUAGGCUACGGACUGAGUGUAAUGUAUGCAGAACUUAUCAUAGUGUUUGAAGCAAAGAGAUCUGAAACUGCCCUAAUACAAAGUAUAUUCAUGGCUAUAGCAACAGGCGGCGGGAUAUUAUUUACCGGAGUUAUAACUAAAAUAGGACCUGGAAAUAGUAUGAUUAUUGGUGGAACUGUUGGUUGUAUCGGACUGUUUUUGAGUUCUUUCAGUAAGGGAUUAACUGCAAUAAUUUUAUGUACCGGUGUACUUUCUGCUCUUGGGAUGUGUAUGUGUUACCUGGCUGCCUUUAUAGCCGUAAGUCGGAUGUUCCAUGAAAAUGCUGGACCCUAUCUUGUUAUACUCUCUCUCGGUUCAAGUAUUGGACAGUUUGUAGUUCCUAUGUUCUACGAAAUGUUCAUUGAGCAGUAUACUUGGUCGGGAGCAUUCAUUCUGAUGUCAGGAAUAGCUUUACAAAAUGUACCGUUCGGUGUUAUUGUGCAUUAUUCUAAACGGUUUUAUAAAUCAAAUGAAGAAACAGGGAAGUCUACAGUGGCAACUUUAUGUGAUUUUUCAGUUUUAAAAGAUUGGCUUAUGUGGGUUGUAUAUAUUAAUUUUCAUUUGCUUGCAUUAACAGGUAAUUUUGAGGCGUGGUUUCUUGUCGACUUUGCAAUAUCACGAGGCUUUAGCAGAGAAUCAGGGUCACUGUUAAUAACUGCACUUGGAUUUGCAAAUGUUGUGGGUCGGAUUUUUGGAGGUUUCGUUAGAUUCAAAUGCACGAACAUGCCGUCUCUGAACCACUGGAUAUAUCUUAGCCCACUACUUGCUAUCGGACAUGUUCUAGUAGUUAAUGUAAAUGACUAUUGGGGACUAUUUGCUGUUUGUAUACUGUAUGGCUUUCCAUUUGGUGCAAUGGCGGCACAACCUGCAGCGAUUAUGCUCGAGGUUACCAGUUUAAAAAAGUACCCACAAGCAAUGGCCAUAGCAAAUCUCUCGUUUGGUCUUGCUAAUUUAAUCAGUGGGCAGCUUGGAGGAUAUAUAAAAGAUACACUAGGGGAUUACGUUCUUGCUUUCUACAUAGCAGCAGGGGUGAGUAUAUACAUAAGUCUGACUACAGGGGUUGUUGCGCUUGUCAUUAAGAAAAGAAAGGAGCGGCAUAGACGUAUGAUGCAUGGUCAAACAAAUGUCCCAUACGAGAAGCUGAAAUGAUGUAAAAAAAAUCUACUACAGUCAUGAAAUCAACAACGAUGACAACGGUGGAGCCUUUGAGAUGCAUUGUGUUAUUGUGUUUAGAUGUAUAUAAACAUUCAUUAAUGAUCAUUAAAAACCUAUUAAGAACCGAUUUAAAUGAAUAUGGUGCGACUGAAAAGCAUGAAAUCGUAGCACAAAUUGUUUAAUUUAUUACAAGGAUGACUGCAAAAAGUGAAAUAUACAAUACUGCGACAUAAUGUGUUUCUACUUGCUAGAAGAGGAACUUUCGGUUACUUAAUAGCAAAUUUUAAAGUAAAAUACAAUUCUUAAUGAAUCAGACACAAUUUUGACAUUCAACUAAAAUGCUUUGAUAUAAACAGUUUUAAGGAACGAAAAAUAAUGAAAAACCGUAUAUUUCUUGAAGUAAUGUUGAUUAUUAGUUAUAUACGUUGCUGACCAAAUAUAAGGGAAAUUUAAAAUAGAAGAUAUAUAUGACUUAUAUAUCAAGUCAGUUCUUGUAAAAUGGAUUUAAAAUAACACAAAUUGUUAUUGAAGACAAAUUCUUAAGAAAAGUAUAGAAACUAAAGAAGCGUAUUUUGCCAUGAUUAUAUGUGUUAUGUUUUAUAAUGCACGUGGUCCAUGGAUAUUUUUAUAAAUGUCUUUCGGAAUGUAUCGAUAACAUUCAUUUUUUAAAGAGAGUGAAGCAGUUUUCGUUUUUUUAAAAGGUCUUGUUUAUUAUAGUAUCACCCCUACUGAAAGAGUCAUCCAUUUCUGACUUAUGAGACAUAUUUUGCUUGGAUACCACGUACCUAUCAUCUCCUACCACUAUGGCAGGCGCCAGGCGGAUAUAAUACGGAAACCAUUUAUUUUAACUAUCUCGAGGCUUUACAAGUAUUGAACUGAUUUUGAUAUGAAUGUAAAAAAUGGUCACACUUGUUCCGCAAUUAUCUUAUUAGUUAAGUACACACAGGGUUUGCUAUGAAUUAUUAACAAUGUUUAACAAUUUCUCUGAUUUAAACAGUUACUUUGUUCUGUUAGAGUUCGUGUCGAGCAAGUAUUAAAAUUUAAUUAACAGAGGGCAUUGCAAGAUUUUUUUCUUAAUUACUACAAGUUGGUUAUUUUAUAAUAUUGUCAUGAUUUUAUGUGCUAUAUAAUGCAAAUGAACGAUAGUUUGCACAAUUGAAGCCAGAUAUUUAUAACGUUUACAAUCUGAAAAUUGCGUGGCUAGAAUCACGAAUAUCCAUCUACCUGAAAGCAGAUGCGUUAGGACUCACGAAUACACUUUUAUUUUGGAGAUAGUGUACGCGAGUGAAUUUGUCUACAAUGGAAGGUCUGCAAUACAAUGUACUAUACAUAAACUACCUUGAUUGUAUUUAGUAUGAAACAUAACAUUUAACAUUGAAACAAUUAUCUUUUGAUGUUGUUGUAAAGUGUGCGAUAUAUUAUCCGAUAUAACGUAAAAUUAUUUAGCAGAUAAUAAAAUGUUCUGGAACAAAAUAUAAAUAUUUCGCAUAUAAGUGUUCAUACUAAAUAAACUAGAACGUAUCAUCAUUCUUUCCAAGCAA